GUGUCCAUGCUGUGCCCACUGCUGAUAGACCCAGCGCACCCUGUAAUUACGGACAGGUUCAAGCUGAUGUCUGAACAGCCAGCAGCGCUGCCGGGCAUCAAACGGAAAGCUUCCAAGUCCGAGCGCCUGGUAGAUUCCACGACGGCACCGAAGAAAGCCGCAAAACGGCCGCACUCUGAAGCCAUGACGCAUGAGGCAGAGCAACUGGUGGAUACCACAACAGCUCCAAAGAAGGCUGCGAAGAAGCCAACCUCGGAUGCGGCAAAUGGCCAGGAACCCAAGAAGAAACCGCAACGAGUCGUGACUUUGCAAAAAUC